AUGGCCGAUCAUGGACCCUCCCAGACCACCAACCGGAAGGGCAUUGGCAAGCGAACUGCCUCCGCAGUGGAAGAGUCCGACCAUGUUGUGUUGGCACCUACCCCAACUGCCCCAUGUGGAGCAUGCAAGUUCUUGAGGAGAAAGUGCAUAAACGGCUGCGUCUUUGCACCUCACUUUGGGUCAGACCAGGGUGCAGCCCGGUUCGCUGCGGUUCACAAGGUUUUUGGUGCUAGUAAUGUCUCCAAGCUCCUCUUGCACAUUCCUGUGAACCGCCGGCACGACGCUGUUGUCACAAUCUCCUACGAGGCUCAGGCCAGGCUAUCUGACCCGGUUUAUGGUUGUGUCUCAACCAUACUUGCUCUACAACAGCAGGCGGCAUCUAUGCAAGCAGAACUGGCAAUGGUGCAAGCCCAACUGAUAAAUAGUCGACUUGCCAUGGCGAAUGCCCUUCAAGAGCAAAACCACCAUCACUACCACCAGCAGCAACAACAACACAUUGCGAUGCUCCAACCCGCAUACUCGAACAAUAAUUCUUCGGCUUCCACCACAAAUCUAAUCAACAUGAGUAACUUCACUUCCAAUUUUGAUCUUGAAAAUGCACCAUCGGUUCCAUCUUCAUACAGCAUGGAGGCAGUACUCCAGCAACAACAGCAGUUCUCGAGGCCAAUCCAGGAUGAGGAGGAAGACGAGGAGGAGAGUCGAAUUCCGGCCAUGUUUGCUAAUCAAAUGCUUCACCGGACAAAAAUAUAA